UUAGCCCCGGAACGGCGGCCCCGGCCCACCAGCUCGGCCUCCUCGGCUCCCGCUCCCUUUGCCCCGGGGCCGUCCGAUGGCCGACCCCGACCCCUCCGCGCGGCCCCGCGGAGGCAGCCAAGGGCCCUCGGCCAGCGCCUCCGACUCCGGGGGUGACUCCCAAGAGUCCCGGCCCGGCGUCCUCGGGGACGCCCGGGCCAGCCUCCUCGGGGACGCCCGGGCCAGCCUCCACGGGGACCCCCGGGCCAGCCUCCACGGAGACCCCCGGGCCAGCCUCCACGGAGACGCCCGGCCCAGCCUCCACGGGGACCCCCGGCCCAGCCUCCUCGGGGACCCCCGGCCCAGCCUCCUCGGGGACGCCCGGCCCAGUCUCCUCGGGGACCCCCGGCCCAGCCUCCUCGGGGACGCCCGGGCCAGCCUCCUCGGGGACCCCCGGGCCAGCCUCCUCGGGGACCCCCGGCCGAGCCUGCCUCCCGCCCCGGGCAGGGGCUCUCAGCAGGCGGACUCCCGGGGCAGCCUGGACUCCGGGAGCAGCCUGGGCCCCGAGCCAGAAAGCAACCACGGGCCCUACCUGCCAAACGACCCGAGGCUGAGCCCCGGGGACCCCCGGCUGGGGGCCUCGCCCAGCUUCCAAGCCUUCGGCUUGGAGCUGCCCGAGCCCCAGCCCAGAGAACUGGCGGUGCAGAACGCCAAGGCCUACCUGCUCCAAACCGACGUCCGGUCUGACCUCAGCCUGUACGAGCACCUGGUCAACCUGCUGAACAAGCUGCUGACGGAGCGUCCGGCGGCCCCGCUGGCCAUCCUGGAGUCGGUGCACCGCGAGGUGCAGAAGGAGCGCUUCCAGAGGCCGCCGGACACGCUGCGCGACCAGCACGAGCAGCUGCCCGUUUACGAGACGGCCGCGCGGCAGCGGGCGCUCUUCGUGCGCGGGGCCCCGGAGGGCGAGCAGGAUCCGGAGGAGGAGCCGGGGGACACGCCGGUGCCCAACCUGCAGGAGACGGCCUUCUUCUUCGAGCAGGCCGGGGUGGGGCUGGGCUCGGACGAGACGCUGCGCAUCGGCCUGGCUCUGAAGCAGCUGGUGGAGCAGCAGCCCGUGCAGACGUGCCGCUUCUGGGGCAAGAUCCUGGGCCUGCGGGGCUACUACCUGGUGGCCGAGGUGGAGCUGCGCGAGGGCGAGGAGGAGGAGGAGGCGGAGGAGGAGGAGGAGGAGGAGGAGGAGACCCUGGCGCGGGGGGCCGAGGAGCGCGAGGAGGUCGAGGGCGUCGCGGAGGAGGAGGCCGAGGCGGACGAGCCCCCGAAGCCCAGCUGGAAGCCGCCGCCCGCCGUGCCGCGGGAGGAGUCCCGCACCGGCGCCAACAAGUUCCUCUACUUCGUGUGCACCGAGCCGGGCCGGCCCUGGACCCGACUGCCGCCCGUCAGCCCCGCGCACAUCGUCGUCGCCCGCAAGAUCAAGAAGUUCCUGACCGGCCGGCUGGACGCGCCCGUCGUCAGCUACCCGCCCUUCCCGGGCAACGAGGCGCACUACCUGCGAGCCCAGAUCGCCCGCAUCUCGGCCGGCACGCACAUCAGCCCCCUCGGCUUCUACCAGUUCGGCGACGAGGAGGGCGACGAGGAGGAGGAGGGCGUCGGCGGGCGGGACACCUUCGAGGAGAACCCGGACUUCGAGGGCGUCCCCGUGCUGGAACUCGUCGACUCCAUCGCCAACUGGGUUCACCACGCGCAACACAUCUUGCCUCAGGGCCGCUGUAACUGGAUCAACCCGCUGCAGAAAGUGGAGGAGGAGGAGCUGGGGGAGGAGGAGGAGAAGGGGGACGAGCUCGAAGAGACCGAGCAGGAGGUGGGGCCCCCGCUGCUGACCCCGCUGUCCGAGGACGCAGAGAUCAUGCACAUGAGCCCCUGGACAGCCCGGCUGUCCAACCCGCUCCUGCCUCGGUACGCGGUGGCCGUGAUGCGCUCCAAUCUGUGGCCCGGAGCCUAUGCCUACGCCAGCGGCAAGAAGUUUGAGAACAUCUACAUCGGCUGGGGCCACAAAUACAGCCCCGGAAACUUCUGCCCCGCGCUGCCGCCCGCCCCGCAGAUGGAGUACCCCAGCGGCCCCGAGAUCACCGAGGCCAACGACCCCACGGUGGAAGAGGAGCUGGCCCUCAAGGCCGCCCAAGAGCAAGCGCUGGCCGCCGCCGAGGAGGAGGAGGAGGAGGGCGAGGAGGAGGAUGAGGAGGAAGAGAUGGAUGACUGAGG